AUGGCUAUCCACACGGAGGGUCUGGCGCCGAGGUCGCUACUCACCUCUGAGAAGCCGACCGUCGAGAUCGUCGAGACCGUCAAGCCCAUUGAGCCAAAGACCGUAACAGACCUCCUCUUGAGACGGGUGGAGGAGGCACCGGAUGUCGAUGUCAUCGCAUACCCAGCAACCGCGCGCGGCAGAGACGACUAUGUCAACUACACAGCAAAGGACCUUGACCGCUUCGCUGAUGAAGCGGCACGCAAGUACGCGCAGGCCGGACUCCUCCCACAGAACCCCGGCUCGAGUCAAGCGGAAGUAGUUGCGCUUCUGGCGAACUCCGACAUCAACUAUGUCGUCGCCAUGUUCGCAUUGUCGAGGAUGGGCUUCGCUGUGCUCUAUCUCUCGACCCGCCUCUCCCCGGAGGCUUACGUCAAUCUCCUCAAGAAGACAGGCUGCAACCGCAUCGUCAUCUCCGAUCGCUACAGCAGCAUGGCAUCCGAGAUCAACGAGCUGUCCCCCAUCUCCACAUUCAACAUCCUCGACAAGGUCGACUACGACUUGCCCACGCCGUCGGGUGACCGCUUCCCCAUCUUCUCACACCCCGACGCUUCAUCACGCAUCUCAUUUAUCGUGCACUCGUCUGGCUCAACUGGGCUACCGAAGCCAAUCUUCCAAACUCACGCAGCAUGUGUGUCCAACUACUCAAGCGGUAUCCCUUACCGCGCGUUCUUGACGCUGCCGCUGUUCCAUAACCACGGCAUCUCGACUCUCUUCCGCGCCAUUAUCGCGGGCCACCGGAUCGCCAUCUACAACGCAAACCUGCCCCUAUCCGGAACGACGCUGGUCAAGGCCAUGGCCGCGACUGAGCCGGGCAGCUUGCACUGCGUCCCUUACGCGCUCAAGCUGCUCGCGGAAACCGAGGGCGGUAUAGAAGCUCUGAAGCGACUCGAGCUUGUGCUGUACGGAGGCAGCAGUUGCCCCGACGACUUGGGUGAUCGUCUCGUCGAGGAGGGCGUUUACCUCGUCGGCCACUACGGAGCGACAGAGAUGGGCCAGCUCAUGACUUCAUUCCGUGAGCCCGGCGACAAGUACUGGAACUACAUGCGCCCUCUCGCCUCGGCCAAGCCCUGGUUGCGCAUGAUUCCGAUCGCAGGCGACGUCUACGAGUGCGUUGUUCUCGACGGGCUUCCAUCAAAGGUCAUGUCCAACUCGGACGACCCGGCACCGAACUCCUACCGCACCCGCGACACGUUCGUCCCUCAUCCCACCAUUCCCGAUGCCUGGCGCUACCUGGGCCGACUCGAUGACCGUGUUACCCUGGUCAACGGCGAGAAGGUGCUUCCCAUCCCUUACGAGAACCACAUUCGCGAGCAUGAACUCGUGCAAGAAGUCGUCGUCUUCGGCGUCGGCAAGUCCAUUCCAGGUCUGAUCAUCAUCCCCAGCGAGAACGCCAAGGAUCUCUCCAAGGAGGAGAUUCUGAAGACGCUCACUCUCGUCAUCGACCAGGCCAACGCGCGAGCUGAGGCUUUCGGUCGCAUCUCGCCCGAGAUGAUCGAGGUCGUCGACGUCGGCACCGAGUAUCCUCGCACCGACAAGGGCACCGUCAUCCGCGCGGCUUUCUACAAGCAGUUCGCCGACCUCAUCGAAGAUAUCUACCGCCGCUUCGAGGCACCCAAGGACGACGUCGCCGGCGGCGAGCUGGUGACUCUGGACCUGCCCCAGCUGGAAGACCACCUUCUCGACCUCUUCCGCACCAAGCUCGGCUUCGAGUCUCUUCAGAAGGAGACCGACUUCUUCGAGGCCGGCGUUGACAGUUUGCAAGCCAGCACCGCGCGUGGUCACAUCCAGCGCGGUGUAAACCUGGGCGGCAAGACUCUCGGACAGAACGUCGUCUUCGAGUUUCCUAACGUCAUCUCCCUCGCCAAGCACGUAUACUCACUGCGCACCGGCGAGACAGCCGAGGCCGAAGACGAGAUCGAGGUCAUGAAGAAGCUGAUUGCCAAGUACUCCGACUUCAAUGAGAGGCAACCCGGUACCAUCACCCCCGACGGCGAGACCGUCGUCUUGACUGGCGCGACGGGAUCCCUCGGCGCCCAUCUCCUGGCUCAAGUCGUCCGUCAACCCUACGUCAAGACCGUCUACUGCCUUGCCCGCGCCUCAUCACCAGAGGAAGCCGAGUCCCGCGUCCUCGCCUCUCUGUCCCCCAAGGGCCUCGUCCUCACCGACAGCGAGAAAGCCAAGGUCAAGUACUUCCCCACCAACCUGGGCCAAGCGGACCUCGGUCUCAGCGAGGACGCCGCCGCAGAGCUCCGAAAGUCCCUGACGACAGUCAUCCACUCCGCCUGGGCCGUCAACUUCAACCUCGGCGUCGCCAGCUUCGAGGCGCAACACAUCCGCGGCGUGCACAACCUGCUCAACUUCUGCCUCGGCACCGAGACGGUCAACCCCGCGCGGUUCUACUUCUGCUCGUCCAUCUCCGCCGCCGCCGGCACCCCGAUCCCCGCCAGCAUCAAGGAGACGUACGUCGAGAACCUCAACCACGCGCAGAACAUGGGAUACGCCCGCUCCAAGGUCGUCACGGAGCACGUCGUCAAGGCGGCGGCGACGAAGACCGGUAUGACGGCCCGCGUGCUGCGCCUGGGACAGAUUGUCGGAGACUCCGAGGGCGGCGUCUGGAACCAGACGGAGGCUAUUCCUCUGAUGAUCCGCAGCGCCAAGGUUAUCAAGGCGCUGCCUGCUCUCGACGAGACCCCUUCGUGGAUGCCCGCCGACAAGAUGGCGCUCGGAGUCCUCGAACUCGCCAACCUCACCGGCUCGCGUUGCUCAUCAUGCGGCGCGCCCCCGGCGUCCCCAGACGACGCCGACCUGGACCUCGUCUACCAGGUGCAGAACCCGAAACUCUUCCACUGGACAUUCGACUUCCUCCGCGCCCUCCGCGCCGCCGGCCUGGAGUUCCAGAUCGUCUCGCAGCGCGAGUGGGUGCGUCGCCUUCGGGAAUCGGAUCCCGACCCGGAGAAGAACCCGACCUACAAGCUCCUGCGCUUCUUCGAAGGCAAGUACGACAACGACAACCCCGGCCGUGAGGGCCUCGUGUUCGAGACGAAGAGGACGGGAGAGAGGAGCCCGGCGGUGGGAGAGGGCUGGGACAUUGUUGGAAGCGGGCUUGUUGAGAAGAUGGUGAGGUGGAUGGAGACGCAGUGGUAG